AUGGGGGCAGUACCAAGCCGGGAGACACAGCGGCGCGGCCUCUAUUUCCCACGUGCGCCGGCGGGAAGUCAUCUUGGUGGAGGCAGGAAGCAUGAGAUUGUGUUGAUUCCUCUCACGAAGGAAUUUUUUCCAUCACCAGAUUGUGCACUUUUUGUGCAGUUCCACAAGACCCGAUGUGAGGCGGGGGUGAACUAUUACUUUCGGCGGCCAGGGAAUCCUGGCGAUCUCAGCCGGAUACCAGCCACGCACAACGGUGACGGUGAGUCGUAUCCGUCACGGGAGGCGUUGUACUGCGGGGUUGUGGAACGUGUGGAGGAGAUGCUUUUUGACACCGACGAGGAAAUGCGUCGGGCGCAUGAGCGUAUGGGUGGGAUGAGUUCCCCGGGGCACGCCGAUGUGAAGAAGAGAGUUCUUCCCAUUCUGUGUGCGGUCGCCUUCCGCUACGAUCCUAACAAAGUGGCCCAGCAAACUGGUCACACGGGCAAUUUCAAUUCACAACAGCUCCACUCCGCGAUGGAACAGGGUGUUUACCUCUGCGGGUCAAUUGUGAACAUCGUGGGCUGCUUCGGGUUCGUCCCCAUGGAGGUGGAGGGGGUACCGGUGGCCGCCGCAGGUUUGGGGAGCGCCAGUGGGGGAAGUCAAACAUAUCCGUCUCGCCAAACACCACCGCGCCCAUCCUUGCCAGAUGGAUCGAUUGUCUCUGGUCGUCGCAGCAGAAUGCUCUCUCCUGGAGUGGCGUCCUCGGCAAUGAUGGCACGGGAGCCCCAUGAAGACGCCUUCGGCGCUGUCCCCGUACACUACCAGCGUAUUGCGAUGCACCCCGCUCCGGCGUGUGGCUCCUCCAUGGCGUCGUCGCCAUCGUACGACCCACGCCAACCUAUGCUCCAACAACGGCCGCGCGUCACUGUCCCAGGUGCAACGAGGCGUAUUCAUUUGGAGGGCAUCGCCGGAUCGAAUUACGAACAUUUCGUCUCACUGCCUCCUCCUGUGGCGGCACCGUUAGCUGCGAUUGUUUUUCUCACCAAAUCCGCCGGCGAGCAAAACCUUAGUCGCGUAACCUUUUUGGCUGCGAGUAUGUAUUGUGACCAACUCAUUGAUGCCGGGUUGCUGCAGCGCCCCGCAGCGCAAACAACGCACUCCCCUUACCAUUUAAAGCCCUCUAUGCCACCGAUGGAUACUUUUAGUUUCUCAUCGCUUAUGACGAAUGUACCAGUCCUAUCCUUUUUACACGAGAUGCGUUGUCGCCUGGGGCAAUUGGGGCUCAUUUCCCAUUCAUAUGGUUCCCAAGAAUCGCGUUCUAGUUCGAUUAACAGCUCUACCUCCAACCUUUUUGGAAAUUCUUUUGAGACCCCUGCGCGUUCAGAUGUGGAAAUGUGGAUCACCGACGAUAACAUGUUGCAUGGUCGUAUUGGGAAGGAACUAGCGGAACGUCUAUGUCUUGCGUUGGCUGAGCAUCCGGAGGUGAUCUUGCGGCGUGUGGACCCGUUACCGGGCGAUGUUCCAUACUGGCGCUUCCGUGGAAUUGUUGACCGCCACCAUCCCCCACCACUUCCUCUCAGCGAGGGUGGCAAUACACCCAUAGACAAGUUGGAUGUGUACGUUAUGGGGGCGGCUGUGAUGGACGGGUUUGACGAGGGUGAUGUGCUGCGCUUUGAUUUUGAUCGUUGUGUGUGGGUGGCGGAUCGCAGCAUCCCGCUCGACGCGGUUGUGCUUGCGGCGAUGCGACCGCAUUGCAAGGCAGCUCGAGAGGCCCCACCGGAUGAUCCUUGCUGGGUGACCGUCAUGCAGGAAUGCGACGAUGACGAGGAUGAUGAUGAUGAUGAUAGGGAGGAGUGCAAUAAUGGGCAUAAUAGCAAUAAUAAUAAUGAUAGUAGUAAUAGUAAUAAUAAUAUCAGUGGAGAGCGUGUGAAGGAAGCGAAAGGCAAGGGACAGAAGAGGCAAAAAAUUGUUCAUGUGCGGGAGGGAAUCUUUUACAUCUACCGCUUUGAGUUGAAUGGCAGGAAGUACUACCACGGCACAGUUCCAGACUUUGCGAAUCCCAACAAGAGGAACGGUCAGGGGGGUCUUUUUUCAUUGGACACGCAAAAACGAGGCUCUGGCACGCUGAAAUGUGCGCCAUCACCUUCCCAGCAACCUAUUGUGAGAGAGGACGCGCAGCCGUCCACAAGGGGCAAAGCGGGAAACGGAGAACGAAGCUCCCCCGGUCUCAGCAUCACUUCCGCGCUUUUCUCGCUCGCGCCGGACAGUGCAAACAAUGAGACUGAGGAGGGCGGCGUUUCGUAUCUCCCUACACGUGUCACUUCCACGGCGAUCACCACCGCCAAACGUUGGAUGGGAGCAUUGUUUCAUUACGCCGCGAAUACUCGCCAGGCGUUUGGCGGUGCUAACGUGGCUGGCUCGAGUACAUCUUUUCCACGCUCGCCAUGCAGCGCGACUUCGCCAGGGAGUUUAACUCCGAUGGUGCGGCGGCAGCCGACGCUUGUGCAGGUGGGGCCAAACGUGGCACACGGUGCGGCGCCAAGGGAGGAGCUGGAGAAAGAUAAAGGGUUUGUUAAGCGCUUUGUGCAUGACACUCGGUAUGUGUGGGAUUGGCGGAAGUCGUGA